UCACCAGUUUGUCUUGAUCAGUGCUUUAGCUAGGGUGACAAAGGUCUCUUUUCAUCGUUGCAUCUGGGUUCAUUCAAUAUAUUGUCUAGAAAUUUAUCGGAGUGACUUCCAAGAGUUUUAUUGACGAGGCCAAACAAACAUGCAAGAGGUGCGCUCGCCGCGCUCUGUGAUGUCACGCUGCGACUUGGCGUAAUGCUAUUUUAUUUGCUGCCUUCGUCACAAUCUUGGCUGCUCGACGCACAUUUUCACUUGUGAGGCUUCUUCGUCAUCGUCAAAACUGCUUGAAGUUCGUAUAUUUGGACGAUCACAAGGAACAGCAUUUAUUUCUGUGGCGCACAAAAGGAUAAUAACCGAGUUGCACGCGAAGACGGAGAACGUGGUGGUGAAAAUUCGACGAGGUCAACCAAAUUUUGUCACAGUCCGACUACCGCCUUGUCCAGCGCCCGACGCAUCCAGUGGUUAAGUGUCCAGUGCAAUUGGCGCCCACUCCGAUCGUUUUCUCUAAGGGAAGAGGAAAGGGAGAAAGGAAAAAGGCAUCCGAAGAAGGGGUGCACACUCUGUGCGACCUGGUUUGGGCAUGAAAUACAAACGCUUUUUGCACUUGUCCAUGAUUUAAUCGUCUAGAACGGCGCCAAUCAUGUCCUCAAUGAGUGUCAGGAAGAGUUUGAUCGGCGGAAGUAGCAGUUUCGGACACGGCGGGACACCAGUUGGACAUAUUCUGUGGCAGAGGUGCAAGCCGGAGCCAGGGGACUGACACCCGCUUAAGACGGCCUUCCUCCCUCAGUUCAGAUGAUGAACCCCCUGUCCACGACAUAUCCCAUGCUUCAUCUGUGAUCAGCAGCCAGAGGAUUUCCCCCGCUAAAUAAUUUGUGCUGGACUGAAAGUGAUAAAAGCACAUUUGACUCGGACUGAUUUGAUAGCGAUCGAGAGGAGCAGCAGCCCAAUUAAGUUCUCCAAUUUAAGUUUUGUAGAUAUGCCGAAUUCAUUUCAGCGAUUCCAACAAAAUGCCUACAAUAGACUGUCCUUCACUAAAAAAUCACCACCGAAACACGCAACAGCCACUCUGGCGCAGCAGGAAAAGUUGUUAGGCGAUGUUGAGGCCCAAAAGAAGAGCACCCGUCUUCAAAAGGAGGGUGUCGACUACCUCAACCCUGGGCAAGAUGAUCAAAUGGAGGUGUACGGCUAUGUGCGGUGCUGGCUUCGGACGAGUGUCUGCUGGUUGUGCAUUUUGCUCACCUGCGGCAUGCUCCGGCUUUUUCUGCACUGGAUGCCCAAGUACUUCCUUGUCUUCACCCACAAACCCUCUCCCUUGAGCGAAGCCACCAAGGUUUUAGUCAUUGAGGAGUUUCAGGAGAAAUAUAAGAACUACCAUGUCAAGAAGGUGAAAAUAAUUAGUAGCACUGGAGAUGAGGAGAGCAGCAAAGAGGACGAGCAGAAGGCAGAGGAAUCCUGCUUGGAUGACGUCCAAGUGCUAACAGAGUUCAACAAAGAAGACGAGCCCAAGUUAAGUUACCACCUUUCAGGAGGAAUUUUCCAAGAUGUUGAGAGGAUUAAAUUGAUCACGGUUAAGAAAAAACACUACAUUUGGCAGCAAGAAAAUAAAGUUUUUGAAGCUUUGAGAGGUUUGGAUCGUGAUGUGCUAGCCACCAACCUCCACCAACAGCAAGGUUUAACCAGGCAGCAGCAGUUUAUGAGGAGACGAGUCUACGGGAGCAAUGAAAUUGUUGUGCCUGUGAAGAGCAUCUUGGCACUGUUGUUCUUGGAAGUGCUGAACCCGUUUUACAUCUUCCAAUUUUUCUCCUUCUGUCUGUGGUUUGCUGACGACUACAUCCUGUAUGCAAUGGCCAUCCUCAUUAUGUCACUUGGUGGAUGUGCGGUCACUGUUUUUCAAACUCGAAAGAAUCAAUUGAAUUUGCACAGCACUGUUAACACAAGAGACAUGGCAGUGGUCAAGCGUCUAGAAGGUGUCAACGAAAAAAUUUCCACUGACGAGUUAGUCCCUGGUGACAUUUUGGUCCUGCCCCCACAUGGUUGCGUCCUUCAUUGUGAUGCCGCUCUGCUCAACGGCACAUGCAUUGUCAACGAGAGCAUGCUCACAGGGGAAAGUGAACCUGUGCCGAAAACACCUCUUCCGAGUACUCCAAACCUUCUUUAUGAUUCCAAGGAGCAUGCCAGACACACACUUUUCUGCGGCACACGUCUGCUGCAGACUCGAUUCUAUGCUGGGGAACCUGUCUUGGCUGUUGUUGUGCGAACUGGCUUUUUGACCAGCAAGGGCAACCUGGUCAGAGCAAUGCUCUAUCCUCCGCCUGUCGAUUUUCACUUCGAGAGGGACUCGUAUCGCUUUGUGGAACUGUUAGCUGCCAUAUCAUUCAUUGGAUUUUUGUACACCGUUGUUGUUAAGCACUUGAGAGGAAUUGGCACCGUUGAGAUCAUAGUUGACGCUCUUGAUUUGAUAACGAUAGUCGUCCCACCUGCACUCCCUGCAGCAAUGACAGUUGGAAGGAUGUAUGCGCAGAGCAGAUUGAAGAAAGAAAAUGUUUUCUGCAUCAGCCCAAGAACCAUCAAUGUAGCAGGAUCUAUUGAUUGUGUUUGUUUUGAUAAGACUGGUACUCUUACUGAAGAGGGUUUGGAUUUGUGGGGAGUUCUUCCAAUUAACAAUGGAACGUUUUCUGCUGCAAUCACAGAAUUCCCUCUUAAGUCGGAUUCGGUUUCUGCACGCAUUGAUGAACUGACGAUGGCAAUGGCUUCAUCCCAUUCAUUGACCCUAAUCGAUGGCAGGCUCUCCGGAGACCCACUAGAUUUGAAGAUGUUCGAAAGCACUGGAUGGUUGUUGGAAGAACCUGCUAUAGAUGAUAGCAGUAAAUAUGACACAAUGUGUCCAACUGUUGUGCAGCCUCCACGGCCAGACCUUUUGAUGUCUUCGCAGCAUGCUGAAAUCGAGGUGCCUCAAGUGGGAAUUUUCCGUCAGUUUCCAUUUUCUUCGUCGCUCCAGCGCAUGUGUGUUGUGGUGAGGGCUCUUUGGGAAAGUGAAUUCCGCAUUUUCUGCAAAGGUGCACCCGAGGCUGUGAUUUCACUUUGCAGAGCAGACACUGUGCCCAAAGACUUUUUGACCAUUCUGCACAGCCAUACCAGACAAGGGCUGCGGGUGCUCGCUCUUGCUGGCAGAAAACUGAAAGUUUCGGCUUACCACAGGAUACAUCGUUUAGCUCGAGAAGACGUUGAAGCAGAAAUGACUCUGCUGGGCCUGCUUGUGAUGGAAAACAGGCUGAAGAAAGACUCUGCAAAAGUGAUUUGUAGCUUGCGAGAAUCCAACAUUAGGUGCAUCAUGGUCACAGGUGAUAACAUGCUCACUGCCUUGAGCGUUGCAAGGGACUGCGGCCUUGUCUCAAAUAACGAAAGGGUAGCUGCUGUGCAUGUACAGGGAGCGUCAGAAGGUCAGCCUGCCAGGGUUUAUCACACAGAUUGUGAUCGUCUUGAUAUGCCAGAAGCAGCUAAUGAAAUAAGCACUGCAAACAAAUGGGUUCUGGCAGUAUCAGGGCAGACCUGGCAAGCCCUGAGGACAUCAUGCCCUAGCUUGACUGUUGCUCAGGUUGCUGCUAGGGGGGCUGUUUUUGCGAGAAUGAGCCCUGAACACAAGCAGCAACUUGUACAGGAACUUCAGACAUUGGGAUAUUGUGUUGGAAUGGUUGGAGAUGGAGCUAAUGAUUGUGGUGCUCUGAAAGCAGCGCAUGCAGGAAUUUCCCUUUCUGAUGCUGAAUCGUCUGUUGCCUCUCCAUUCACAUCCAAAGAACCCAGCGUGGAAUGUGUUCAGCGCCUUCUACGAGAAAGUCGGGCUGCCCUGGUCACUUCCUUUGGUCUCUUCAAGUACAUGGCCGCAUACAGUCUGACUCAGUUUGUCUCUGUGAUGCUUCUCUACGAAUUUGACAACAACCUGUCCGACGUCCAGUUCCUAUUCAUUGACCUUUUCCUUAUCACCCUAGUUGCAUUUUUCUUUGGCAGGUCCGGCUCGCACCCGGGCCCUUUAGCAAAACGACCACCCUCGUCGUCUCUAUUUUCAUUAGCCCCUGUUACUUCGUUGAUUAGCCAGCUCAUGCUUGGCACUUUGGCCCAAAUCCUGGCAGUACUUCUCAUCACUUCUUACUCUUGGUACACACCAUUUGACCCCGAACAAGAUACACUUGCGUGCUACGAAAACUAUGCUGUGUUUUCCGUAUCUGCUUUCCAAUAUCUAGUGCUUGCUGCUGUAUUCUCUAGAGGACCUCCUUACCGCGAACCUCUCUACACCAACGUAGGCAUGAUGAUCACCCUAAUUUUGGGUACCCUGUUGAGUGUGGUGAUCGUCCUAGUGCCUCCUAUGUGGCUUGAAAAAUUUGUCGAAUUUAAGCUCCCGCCGGAAUUCUCCCCAAGGCUUUUUAUUUUAGCCCUGGCCGUGAUUCACGCUGCACUUAGUUUUGGCCUAGAGGCAGUUUUGAUGCGCUGCCACUUUAAAGAAAGCCACCCCCGACACUUAGACAUAGACAAGGACCUUGCGCAGGACCCUCAGUGGCCGCCUAUGCAAGCAGAGCCGCUUCACAGGGUGCCCUCAGAAACGCCUGAAACUCCUAAUGCAAAGAUGUCAGUGGUUUUGCAUAGAAAUGGCGAGGUGACGCUUGACCCCGCCAAGUUAGUAAUGCAAUCCACCCCUAAGAGGACCAUUUGACAAUGGCUUAUCACUGACUUUCCAAAGUUGAUUGGCACUCUGUGCCUAUAUAACUUUUAAAAUUGUGCGCUUGGAAAAAAUCAAAUUUAUUGGAUUUGUUAUAGGUGGGAGGGCUGGAGGUAUAAUUUUGUACUUUUUCACGCUUUGUACUUUUUGUCACUAGCAUUUUCUGUAGUUAACUACAAAUCAUAACUUUUAAACCGUUUACUUAGUGCAGUACUUAUCUCUGUAUUAUUUGUUACUAGAGUGCCUCCAUUUUUCCUCGCAUGUACUUUUUAGCUAGUCCAAAAAGGUUACUUAAUUUUGUUAAUUUACUUAUUUGCAAAACUUGCAAUUAGGUCUUAUAGAUAUUCUAACUCUCUGUUAUCUAGUGUGCAUUUGCGCACUUUACUUUCGAGGACCAUUUUCCGAAAUAUUUCCCACCUAAUUUAAGUCUUGUGUUUCCAUUGUAUCUUACUAACUUAUUUUAUAUGUUGUGUCAUUGCACUUAAUGUUCCUAUUUACAAAAAAACAUGUUCAGUUUUUCAUAAAAGUACUGCCAGCCCAAUGGUGGGUGCAAAAUUUGUGUCAUAUCUGAUGAUUAAAGCAGAAUACCAGCUCCAGUGAUGAACUGACUCGGGCAAACUUGAAGGAGUUUCCGCCGAGUCUGUUUUUGCCGUUCGUAUAUUUUCGAGUAUCUCAUGUACCACAUUGCAUGAGAUGAUACGUAGUAGCCGUAGUAGCUACAUUAAAUUGUUGUAAUUGUUGUUGCCUUGCAAUUUCUUUUGAUAAGUGAGCCGAACAAUACCAACCUCAUUUGUUAGAGCUAAAAUUUAACCCAGUAAAUUGUUUAGUAAAAAAUGUAUCAAUCUGCUCCUCUAUAUUUUGAUCUCCAGGCAUGGUGGUUUUAGCUGCCGAAUUUUUGUUCUGUCCUUUUAGCACACGUCUCGAAAUACUACUGGCUAGUAUUAUGAUUGAUUGCUCACUAUCAUGUAUAUACUUAUUUCUCUGAAUGCAGAAGUCGUUGCAAAAGUAGAUGUUUGCAUAUAACGAAAAAUUGUAGACUUUAAUCACAGAGUAUAAUGUUGAAAUAAUAAUGCAGUGUGAUAAUACGUAAUCUAUAAUAGGUUACUGUGCAAUUAAUGAUAACCCACUCUAAUGUCGAAAGGAACUGCAAAAUAAAACACAUAGAGGUGUGUGGAGCAAAAUAUAAUGUGACGUUUCUAUAUAACAAACCUCCAAAAAACAGG